AUGCGUCUCGCCAGUGACCAUCGCCCCACCCGCGAGCAGGUGCUUGAGGAGGCGCAAAAGCGCCGUCAGGCGCGAAUGGAAACGCAAAGGCAUAAUCAGUGUGCAUUGAAAAUCCAGCGUAGGGUGCGAGUCUGGCAAGCGUGCCAGUCUGCCAUCCGACUUGCCGUUGAUAAUAUUUUGUCUAUAGAGACGAAUGGUACCAUUGCGAUCGACUCGAAGCGGUGUCUGUCCUCUGAAGGAAGCCUGUCCGAGUGCACCGGCACGUCAUCACUACAGGUGGAGUCCGUUCAAAGGCUUGAGAGGGCCUGCUGGUGCUUCCAUUAUAUCCAACAACACCGAACAAUUAUUCCCAUCACACUCCUCGAGUUCCUAAUGCGUACUGUUGAUCUGACCGGUGAGAAGCGCGUCCCGGAUGUUGGCGGCGACGGGGAGGCUUUUUUGCCCUUAACGAGUCGAUUCAACGUGAUGCGUGCACAGCGUUUAGUCGAGAAACGAUGCUCUGCGGUUGUCUCUGAUGUGAUACGCAAUUUAUCACUUCAGGGCAUUGGUACUUGCUUCUCCGCGAUCCAGUAUGUGCCAGUGCGUUUACUCUCUCACAUGAUUUCCAUUUUGAUUGAUGGCAUCCCAAAUGGGGUUGAAGAGGCGGAUGCAAAGCGUAGUGGGUGGGCAAAAGGUGGCCCUUUAGCUACACUUCGCGAGCUAGCGAUGGUGGUGGCGGCGGGGGGUAGUGCCGAGGCUAUGGAAUGUGUCUUGUCGGUCAGCCUUCUGUCAUGCGCGGUAAGCUUAGCCGAGUAUCCUGAUGCUAGGCGGACCGUGCUAGAGCUGCUGAUGGCCUCGCUAAAACUCCGAGACCAACGACCUGUGAGGGUUUUAGCACUUUCCUCAACUGCGUGGAUGGAUGCGUGCUGGGCGUGCCUCACUGAGAACAACAUGGAAGAGUAUCCCUCCCUCACCGACAAUCCAUUGGCGGUGCUUCUGUCAACUGAAGUGGAGACCGUACAAGAUGAAGAGGAUCGAAACCCUGGAGAGCUAAUCGUAGGAAGUCCGAUGAUGUGUGGAGAACUUGUUCGUGGUAUUGUCUUCGCGGCAUUUGCUCGGUUACAGACAUUCUUGGUAUCAGGAGUUUUUCCUAAUUUCGGUCACCAGUUCUCAAUGGCUCGUGAGGUGUCCACAAACGCGAAAAACAUAUGGCAGGUGGUAGGUAUGAGAAUUCUUGGUCGUCUUACGCGACUAUUGCCUUACUUUCUAAAAUCCAAUGAGAUACGUGUCAGUGGUCAGAUUAAUUCAUGGCCGUCAACUCCUUGGUAUAUGCCAACCCAGAAGAUUUGGCUUUGGUGCAUUGGAAUUCUAUGUGAAAAACUCUGUCAGACAGACCUUUUUGUUCAAACCAUUCUUUUCGACUUACACCACUCACGUGCUAGCGGAACAGGUGGAAUGGCGCCAUCGCUGAGCGGUGGUGGGGGCGUCGAAGUUCACCGUGUUGCACAAGCACGGUAUCGCAGCCUUGUGUCUUACCUGUUCAGCCCGACUGGAGGCCUUUGUCUGCUUGAACAGUUAGCAGUGAGCUCGGAAGAGCCCAAUAGGGGUUCAUUACCACCGGAGAUACAGCUACCGAGUAUGCUUGACAACUCGCGAGAGCAGAUAUUCGAUAUGAGUGCUCUUGAGAUCGCCUGCAGUGUGUAUGCGUGGCCGCUUUACACUUUUUCCUUAGCGAGUCCUGGGCGUCGAUUGGAAACGGCGGCUGUCUUUGCAAGGCUCGUGCGCUUCCCAAGUUUAAUUCGGCAGCUUUGGCAACUUUAUAAACGACACUGUGAAGGACUAUCAUAUGUUUUACAAAAUGCGGGUCUACUUCAGAAGCUUUGCAUGGAUAUUGCAGCACCGAAUAAGAAUGUUCGCUUGCCGUUUUGGCCGAACCCUCCACAGAGUUUGUUGGUGGGUACACCAUGCAAGGUCCCACUGUUGGCGUUUUGGGAUCCAACACCGACCAUAUCCGUGUUUUUUUUCACUCUAUUUUGCUAUUAUAUCGAUGUGACCAACUUUGUCGAAGAGUUGUCUUCUGAAGUCGUACUUUCUCGACAUGAGUGCUGGGUAUUGGUCCUCGCGCUGAAGGAGAUUGUUUUCCGUUCACACUUCCAUGGCGUGGUGCCUUCUACCAACAGUGAGGCUGUGGCGCACCUUGCAUACAAUUUGUUAAGUAAGUUACACAUCGUUGACGAGGCUACCACAUUCGUGCCGUGUUCGUCUUUAUGGGUCUGUAUGACCACUGGCGAGUUGAUGCGCAUAUUGAGGCGUAUGCCUGCCGAAAUGUGGGAGGAUAUUACCGCGCGGCAUGCAACUCUUCAGCGCGCAUUGGAACAGAAGGUUGAUAACUAUUUGCUCACACAACCUUUUGGAGACGAUGCCGAUUCUGAAGAUAUCAUGGACGAAAAUGAGAUAAGUUUAAUCACCACAAAGGGACGUAUUGCUAAUAUACUGGCUAAUUGUCAUCAUCGUCUUCCUGGGGAUGAUCUGCUUUUCCUGAAGAGUUGUGAAUGGGGAAUGGAGGAACGUUUUGUGUACCUUCUCUUCCACGCUCCUUUUCUUUUUUCCUUUCCCGAGCGGGCUGAGCUACUGACGGUGCUUUUACUUAGUCAGCAGCUGGAUCGAUUCCCUAUCAUGGGAUCGAAUUUCGUUGUCCGCCGCGGGUGUGUCUUUGCGGAUGCCUUUGACCGCUUUAGGAGUUGCCCGGACAGCCCAGAAAUGUACAUGGUUCGUUUUGCCAGGGAUAAUAACGAGCUAGAGGAGGGCUACGGGAGAGGCGUGUAUCGCGAGUUUAUGGUGUCACUCUGCAUAGAGGGCUUUUCGGUUGAGCACGGGCUUUUUCGGCAGACUGACAGCGGUAUGGUGUAUCCCAACCCUUUCAGUCACGAAGCAACAGGUGAUUCUGCCCACUUGCAGAAAAUUAGCUUCCUUGGUGCGAUGGUAGGCCGGUCGCUUUGUGACGGCAUUCUGCAGGAUGUCCCGUUUGCACUUCAUUUCCGUAACUCUCUCUUAGGCCGCCGGAACUCGAUUAAUAAUCUCAAAAGUUUCGAUAAUCAACUCUAUCGCCAGUUGAGAUCGCUAGCUGAGCUUGGACCGGAGGAUAUGGAGGCCAUGGGUUUGACUUUUGUGUACACAGUGAAUGCGCUUGGCAUCACUCGGGAAGUCGAACUCAUCAGUGGUGGUGCCGAUAUAAGCGUGACGGCCAGCAACUGUCUGCACUACAUGCAUCUUGUGGCGGAUUUCAAGUUAAAUCGUGAGGGGUCUGAGCAGACGCGGGCGUUUCAGGCCGGCCUAGAAGCGAUCGUAAAGCCCGUUUGGCUCCAACUCUUCGACAGCAACGAGCUGCUGAAGCUGUUCUCCGGCGAUGAGUCCGGCAAGAUCGAUAUCGAAGACUGGAAGGCUCACACAGUGUAUCAGAAGCCGGAGGAUGCGGAAAGCGUCCCGGUGCGAAUUUUCUGGGAGGUGGUGGAGUCACUGACAACUGAGCAACAGAGACUACUACUAAAGUUUGCGACGUCGAUGAAUCGAUCGCCACUCCUAGGCUUUCGUUUUCUUUCUCCGCCAUUUAAUCUCCAAUUACUCCAGGAGUCAAUGAAGGAUCGACUACCAUCGGCAUCGACAUGUUUUUCGACAUUAAAGCUGCCACCAUACACGAACUUUGCCACGGCGCGACAAAAAAUUAUUGCAGCACUUGAGGGUACUACUACUUUUGAGUUAAGUUAA